AAAUGAAAAUAUACGAGCUUGAGGUGCAGCCUGUUCAGAGGGACGACAGACACAUAAACACUUUCACACGGCGAGGACACGCAGACGCUUCACUGUAGAGACUCUGGUCAGCCAGGUGAGGAUGAAGAUGAAGCUGCUUUAUGUUCCCAUGGUGAUGGCAGUGAUGUCAGCAUUGGUCGUCACAAAUUCUGGACUCAAGACCACCAAAUCCACACCAUGGACGAGGACAACAGGACCUUAUGGACUAAAUUUAAACGGGAAGAUGUUCACUUUGUCUCUUAAUAGAGGAGAAAUAUCCUUCUUUCCCCCCAAUUUUUCUCCUUCCAGUCCCUCCUGGACUUCCCGAUCCUACACCACCACCUACGCUCCCUGGACCACCACCACCAGCCGUCACAGGACCACCACCACCUACCCUUCCUGGACCACCACCACCCCUCACACGACCACCACCAGCCGUCGCAGGACCACCACCACCUACGCUCCCUGGACCACCACCACCAGACGUCACAGGACCACCACCACCCCUCACACGACCACCACCAGCCGUCGCAGGACCACCACCACCUAUGCUCCCUGGACCACCACCCCGAAAAGGACCACCACCACCCCUCACACGACCACACCACAUCCUACUAGAGGUGUGUCCGUGUGUCUGCGUUACCUGAUCGAUCAACAAACAAGCAGCAACUCAAUCUUCACACUCAGUCCAUCCAGCACCCCUCUGAAGCUGGGAGCCAAUAACGUUGGUUGGUAUACACUGUACUUUGGGAGCUACAGUUACUACAACCUGGAUUUGCAUCCUGACAUAAGGUUCUGGUCAAACAUUGGACCGGACAUCUGGAACAGAGUCUGCCUCACCGUGGACACCGUGAAGAAUGUGGCCCAGGUGUUUCGCGACUCGAGCAUUAGCAUCAGGAAGAUGCUGCCUGCCAAUGUUCAGUAUGUCUGGUCAGGUGAGCCUGUGAUUGAUUUUUCAGGUUUUGAUGGUCAGGUGACAGACGUCCAGGUGUGGGAUUAUCCUCUCCGCUACAAAGAAAUCUUCAACUACAUGACCAGCGGUUUCUACCUGCCGUACUGUGGCUCCGUCCUCACCUGGUCCUCCAUCAACUACUCUCCCAGAGGAAACACACUAUUGGAGGACGCCUAUGAAUGGCAUGCAAGACAGCCAAUCAGCAGCAAGCGCAGAGGGCAUCGACCAAAGGGAGAGAAGAAGAUGUGGGAGUUUAUCAACGUGGGGGAAAGGGACGAGAGAAAGACAGAACAGCUUUAAUGAAACACGUGCAUGUGUACGAAGAGCUGUAUCCUCUGUUCUUAAUUUAACAAUAAAUAAAAUCCUAACAAUUAAUCAAUCAAUAAUUCAUCAUAAAUGAAAUGAGAACAUUCCUGAUUUGAUUGAAGUAUGAGUGAUUAUAUUUACUAGACAAGAUGACAAACGAGUCUCAGUAAAAGAAUUAACUUUUACUAACAUCUUUGACUUUAUAUCAUUCUCUUUUUAAGAGUAUUUGUUUCCUUCAUUUUGUAUAUUAUUAAAAAAAGAGAUUGCUGACAGAA